AUGGAAUUCUCAGGAUCUAGUGAAGAUAACGAAAAGCGUACAAUAUGGAUGAAUAAAAGGAACAGAGAAAGGUUGAAAAAAAGAUUAAAAUGUGAAGAUGUAUACGCAAGGUCGAGAAGCACGAGUCCAGAUGUAUACAGAGAAAUACUCAAUAAAUAUCGCAAAGCAGAAGAAAACAAAGAGGAAACAGGGGAUAAUAUUGGAAAAGAUAUAGAACAUCGUAAGAAGGAUGUAAAUAAUGAUGGAAAACACACACAGGAUAAAACACAUGAUAACAAGGAAUCAGAGGAAACCUCAAACGAGUUAAAAUCUAUACAAACAUCUGUUGAUCAAGUGGAUGAAUCUGAUAGUGAUGACGAAUAUGGUCCUAAACCCUUGAAAGUUAAACCUUCAUUGGAAAAGAGAAUCAACUACGGGAACGAAUUGUUACCUGGAGAAGGGGACGCAAUAGCGCAAUUUGUUCAGCAAGGUAAAAGAAUUCCAAGAAGAGGUGAAGUUGGACUGACAAGCGAUGAAAUCGAGAACUUUGAAAAGAUAGGAUACGUAAUGAGUGGAUCCAGGCACAGGGCGAUCAACGCAAUGAGAAUAAAGAAAGAAUCAAUGGUUUUAACGGCAGAACAAGAAAGGGCUAAGAUGUUAGAAAAAUAUCAAGCCAGAAUGAAUAAGGAGAAUGAAAUAGUAAACAACCUCAAGGAGAUGCUAAGUUAG